CUCGUGGAUUUUAACGGAAGGCGGAUUUUUCGAAAAGCGACAGAAUGACAGCUGUGGUGAUGUCCCCUCUGGGUACUCCAGUAGGCCCAGGCAGUGGAUUGUCAACACCAGCCAUGUAUGUUUCCCCAUCUACAGGAAGACAGAUUGGUGUAACAAGUCCUGCCCCUUUUCUCAGAACAACCAAUGAGGAUGAGAAGGAAAGAAGAGAGAGGAGACGAUCUAAAGUAUUGGAGUUACAAAGGAAAAAUCAUCGCAGUCCUGGCACUCCAACUGAUAGAUUGCGAGCCACACCACUUAAUGGACUCACAAGCAAUCAGCUGUCAGAUCAUUACUCCAACUGUAUUAAACUGUCCGCAGAAAAUAAAAUUAAUUCCAAGAAUGCAUUUGGUUUACAUCUUAUUGAUUACAUGACUGAGUUGCUGAAGCGAAAGGAGCUAGAAAAUUUCCAGGUGGCCAGCUCAACAUUAGAUGCCAGUGCCAAGAUCUACGCUGGUCGUGUCGACGCCGUUCAUGCUGAGACGUACAAGGUUCUCAGUGGUCUGGGGCGGGGGGCUGAUAAACAAGACGAAGGACCGGGGGGUGAAGAUGGAGAUAUUCCUGGGGAGGAUGGGGAUGAACAACAGAAGAAGAAAAAAAAAAUGAGAAAUAGCAAGACGGUUGAGACGAACUUAAAAAAUAUCAACAUUAACAAACUGGACUUGGCAUUUGAGGUUGACCCUCUGUUCCAAGUGAUGUCAGCAGCGUUUGAUGAGGGAGGUACUGGUGGUCUGCUGAUGAACCAGCUGCGUUGCCUGGACGAUAGCUCUCACCUGCUGUUUGACUCCUCAACUAUUAUGAUCGGGGCAGAGAGCACAGCCAGCCCAGAGGAUAGUCAGAAAUUUGUGGACCUGACAGAGAUCAAAGAUAUAUUUAAAGGUGUGGACUUGCAGGGCCUACAAGUGUGUCAAGCUUUCUCCGAGUUCAAGUUCACAGACUGGGAUCACAGUGAACAGGAUUUCCUGGGGAACAAACUGGGUCCAUCCAACCAUGCCUUUGACUUGAAUGCCGAACCGGAACCUUUACCAGAGGACACAGUGGAGGAUGAGGGGGUUGUAGGGGCAGAGGAUUUCCCUGAUGGCAUGGACCAUGAACUCAGUGACACAGAGGAGAUUUGUGGUGAUGGCAAUUAUAACAGUGCUCAGAGUAGAGAGCAUAUAUUUGUGCAGGAUGGAACGGAGGCAGCUGUAGGAAGAAAUACCCUCAGUAGUAUAGGGAGUGGUACAUUUGGCUCCCUGAUACAGGUGCUAGCUGAAGAGCCCUCAGAUUACUCCUACUUCAACACAAACCUUCUUAACACCUGGGCUGGUCCCUCCCACUGGAGACUCCGACCUGUGUGUAAAGACACAAACUUAACGGACACGACAGAGAAAAGUCAACGUAAGAAAAAACCAGUGUUCAAGUUAAACUAUGAUGAGGAAAUUGAUUUUGAAAAGGAAUUCAAACAGUCCAAAGCAAAGACUUUGACCAAAGCUACAGUGAAGAAAUAUGAAAGCUCCACCACCAUGUUACCUGUGGAUUUACAUUACGAUGUGGACAACCUGCUGAAGUUGUUCACAAAGUCCAGAAUUAUGGUUCGCCGGCAGUCAACAGCUGUGGAGUCUGUGGAUGAUGGCAUAGAAAACUAUGAUUAUGAAAAUGCCAAUGACAGAGAAAACUACUGCCCUGGUGACAAUAUGUGUGAUGAUGACGACGAUGAUGACCAAGCAGAUGGAACAGGCUUUAACCUGACAGGCCCAGGGGAGUUAAGCCAGGAUCUGUUUAAUUCUCGAAACAGCACACUGAACAGUAUCGGGGAUCUCAAUGGCACGCUAAAUGGCACCCUCCUGGUAGGAGAGAAUUUAGUCGCUCAACCGAGCAAGGUGGCGAAAAUAGAGAUUGGAUAUGCCAAGACAGCCAAGAAGAUGGAUGUGAAGAAGCUUAAGACAGCUAUAUGGAGUAUCCUGACCACAGACCAAAGAGAGGACAAGGAAAAUGAAGACAAAUGGAACCAAGGCCAGACAGACACUGAUAGUACAGAUGUUAUCAAACUGGACAGUGUGAAUGGUCAUCAUUCCUUCCAAGGCCUCUUGAACACCUUACCACAGAAGAUCUCAAAGAACGCCGCUAAGAACCUCAGUGUGCCCAUCGCAUUUGUCUGUCUGCUACAUUUGGCCAAUGAAAAGACAUUGAAGAUUGUCGAUAAUGCUAUGGAGGAUUUACUUAUAGAACAGGACUGUCGAUGACCUACGCCUUGUGUCAGGUUGUCGUAGUUACCUGUAACACAGCACUCAUUGGGCUCGUGGAGACUUAUGGAGACCAUUGUCUUGAUCAUCCCCUCAGUUUUCACCCGUGACAUCAGCGAUGAUGAAGACAGUAAUUUUGAUGACAUGCUGCUACUUUCCAUUCUUCAGCACCCCAUUGUCAUUUCCUCUGCUGUUGAUGACAGCCUUGAACUAUUGUUCAAGGGCACAUUUUCCUUUUUGUAAAUGAAUUAUUGUAUGUUUUUUUACAUUGUAUAAAGUCACCAUUUUUAACAUUACAAGUAAUUUCACUGGUGUGUAUGAUAUUGUCUUAGCCCUUGUAUUCCUGUCUGUAUGCCCUCAGUGGCAAAGGGGUGAGCUUUCGCUACCUUUGUAUUCCUUUCUGUAUGCUCUCAGUGACAAAUCAGUGAGCCCUCACUACCUUUCUAUUCCUGCCUGCAUGCCCUCAGUGAUAAAUCAGUAAGGUGUCAAUACCCUUGUAUUCCUGUCUACAUGCCCUCAGUUGCAAAUGGGUGAGCUUUCACUACCUUUGUAUUCCUUUCUGCGUGCCCUCAUUGACCCAUCAGUGAGGUGUCACUACCUUUGUAUUCCUUUCUGUAUGCCUUCAGUGACAGAUCAAUGAGGUGUCAUUACCUUUGUAUUCCUGUCUGUAUGGCCUCAGUGACAAAUCAGUGAGGUGUCAUUACCUUUGUAUUCCUGUCUGUAUGGCCUCAGUGACAAAUCAGUGAGGUGUCACUACCUUUGUAUUCCUGUCUGUAUACCCUCAGUGACAAAUCUGUGAGGUGUAUUCCUGUCUGUAUGCCCUCAUUGACCAAUCAGUGAGCUCUCACUACCUUUGUAUUCCUGUCUGCAUGCCCUCAGUGACAAACCGGUGAGCUCUCACUACCCUCGUAUUCCUGUCUGCAUGCCCUCAGUGACAAACCGGUGAGCUCUCACUACCCUCGUAUUCCUGUCUGCAUGCCCUCAGUGACAAACCGGUGAGCUCUCACUACCCUCGUAUUCCUGUCUGCAUGCCCUCAGUGACAAACCGGUGAGCUCUCACUACCCUCGUAUUCCUGUCUGCAUGCCCUCAGUGACAAACCGGUGAGCUCUCACUACCCUCGUAUUCCUGUCUGCAUGCCCUCAGUGACAAACAGGUGAGCUCUCACUACCCUCGUAUUCCUGUCUGCAUGCCCUCAGUGACAAACAGGUGAGCUCUCACUACCCUCGUAUUCCUGUCUGCAUGCCCUCAGUGACAAACAGGUGAGCUCUCACUACCCUCGUAUUCCUGUCUGCAUGCCCUCAGUGACAAACAGGUGAGCUCUCACUACCCUCGUAUUCCUGUCUGCAUGCCCGGCAAAUUGGUGAGCUCUCACUAUCGUUAUAUUCCACAUCAGGGGCACUUUUGAUUUUUAGUGGAUGAUAGACUACAUUUUACAUCUCCCAACAUGAUGAUCAGUUCUUUAUAGAAACCAAGGACAUACAGAACAUAGUCAUUGCAACAACUGUCCUUGUAGUUCAAGUGGUUUCAACAAUGGAUUUCAUAACUGAUGAAGCAGUUUGAAUUCUAGAACUGUCCUGAAGUCUGUCUCAUUUCUUUCAUCAACUUGUAAAGCUUUGAUGUGUUUCAUUCAGAUCCUAUCUUCAUGUGUACAGUAGUGUAUUGUGGUAAUUACAGUGGUGUACAGUAAUGGUGAUAGUAGUAAUGCUGUCAAGGUGUCCAUUAAUGUGUACAUAUUAGAUAUCAGGAUUGGAGCACUUCCAUCUGUCUCACUGUGGAUUAUUCUCAUGGAGUAAAAUCAGUACAUGUAUA